AAAGUUCUAAUUUUCUCACAAUAUCUUGGAUUCCUCGAUCUUUUGGGCUCCCAGUUUAGUGCCAAUGGGAUUCAUUUCUUCCGGUUGGAUGGAAGCCUUUCGUUAAAGGCACGCAUCACUGUCUUGGAGGAAUUUCGCGUCUUUCAGCAAGCUAAGCAGGCCAGUGUCAAUGGUGAUGCGUGUAGGAAGGGAACUGUCAUGCUCAUGUCUAUGGGGGCUGGUGGAGAAGGCUUGAAUCUUGUAGCCGCAUCCUCGGUUUUCAUAGCAGACCCUUGGUGGAAUGCGGCCAAGGAAGAUCAAUGUGUUAAUCGCAUUCACCGAAUCGGUCAGCUGUCUCCCGUGGUACGUGUGCGCAAAUUUGUGGUGACGGACAGUGUUGAGGAACGCAUUGUGGAGUUGCAGAGUCGGAAAAAGUACGUU